AUGACGAAGGAGAAGCACAUGCCUGGAGUUGUCACAGAAUAUCACUUUGUGGAUGAGAAGGACGAACCCGUCUGCUUCUCCUUGUUGCCUGUGCAGUGGAGUGAGGACGAGAUUGUCGACGUUCAAAAUGAAAAGGUAUUCCUCCAGGGUAAGACUGACGACGGUCUCCAGAAGAUCUACAAGCAAGUUGUUGCCUGGAAGGUAGAAAUUCUUGGUAAUGGCCCACAGGUCAAAGUCCUCUCCAAAGACAAGACAUGGUUGAAGAUCCAGAAACCACGAAAUGCUUAUCAGGAUACAAUAAGAAAUAUCCUGAUAACGUUAGAGUGCCUCUUCUACUUAAAGAGAAACCCAUCGUCUUCAGACAAAUCCCUUUGGGGUCAUGUACGGAAGGCGCUCAGGUUUGGGCCUAAUUUUGCCUAAAAAACUUAAGGUGAUCCCGGUUUAAGAUGAUGCUCUAAUGGCUGUCCUGAUGUGCAGCCAGUUUGAGGUCAGAGCUUGCAAGGACGAUCUCAUCAUUCAUCAAACACUUAUUCAGUCUAUUGUUGAGAGAGAUGAUACAUUAUCAAACGCAAAGGUACAUCUUCCCUGCAUUUUAAUAACAGAAAUGGUCAAGGAUAACGACAUAUAAUUUUACUACUUCUGCAUGCAGACCGUUUUUUUGCCUGUGUUACGAUAAUUACUUCAUUAGGCUGGAAAUCAGUUACCCUAGAUGAAUGAAGCUGAAGCACUUCUCUGCUUUGUAGAAACCCCAGCAAACAGAAUAGUCUCGCAAUAGCUUAAGUAUACUCGUCGUUUGUUAUCUUUUUUUUGUAGUUGUGGACCCAGCUUUUACUAUGAUUUCAUUAUUUAUUUCAUAGGUGUUACCGAAGCUUCUUCGUCACUUGUCUAAGAAGAGAUCUACAAAUCUGGUAAGUAACUUUUUAGCUCUUGACCAACUCUGCCUUGGAUACUGGAUUUCAUAUUAAAGUGUUUCUCAGUGUGUUGUCGGAAACCAACAGAAGUAUACCAGACAGUCUUCCAAUGGGGACCUCAAAGAUGACCAGAAGACUCAGAAGUUCAAUCUUGGCGGUGAUGGUGGUAGUAGCAAGGAUGGCAGUGAUGAUGAUGAUAAUUCUGCGAACGAUGAUGGAGAUGAGUUUGGCGAAGAUGUUGGAUGCCUUGAUCAUGUUUGUGCUAUUUGUGACAAUGGUGGUGAACUUUUGUGGUAUAUACACCCUCUUGUCUUGGUUUUUUUCGACUUGCAACAACUAAUCUUUUCAGUCUUUGUUCUGUGAGAAAUUUCCCAAUCGUUUAGUCUUGCUUAGAUCUAUUUAUCAUGUUCAAUGAGAUUUCAACUUUGAUAAAAAUUGAUGAUUUAUAAUAUGGAUACUGUCUCCUCCCCAGUGUUAUACAUGUAUGACUCUUUUGUUAGUCUGAAUGUUCUUGGCAGCAAUGGAUGCUAGUUGGUCAUGAAGAUGCCGACAUAUUUUAUUUUCCUUUUGAAUGCAGUUGUGAAGGAGAAUGCCGAAGAUCUUUUCAUGCAACAAAAGGUGCAGGCAUUGAUUCACACUGCAAAACUCUAGGAUAUACGAGGGCACAAGUUCAUGUAAGAGGCACUGGUUCUAUUUUAGCGCUAGGAUUUUCCCACUCGCUUAGUCAUUGAUUUUCUUUACUUUAUUGUUAACCAUGCAGGCCAUCCAGAAAUUUUUCUGCCCCAAUUGUUUGCAUAAGAGGCACCAGUGUUUUGCUUGUGGCCAAUUGGGGAAUUCUGAUAAACAAGCCGAGCCCGAGGUUUGGCCAUCUGAUAAACUUCUGUGCUCUAAUUAUUUAUAUUUUUUUGUCGUUUUUCAGUUGGAUUUUGAGAUUCCUGCCGUGGUGUUGUUCCUGUAACUUGGUUUUUUUGUUCAUAGUACCAUCGAAAAACACACUCCGGUUCAUAUUUAAGAUCCCAACGUUGGCUACUGGGCGUUCAAAUCUUUUUACGUUUACUAACUUUUGGUAGUUUGAUUACCAUCAACAAGAGGGUGAUUAGUUUUGACAGAGCAUCAUUUACAGGUUUUUCGUUGUAUAUCUGCUUCCUGCGGUCACUUCUAUCAUCCUGGCUGUGUUGCAAAGUUACUACAUCCGGAAAAUGAAGGUGAAGGAGCUGUGCUAGAAGCAAAGAUUGCUGCUGGAGAAUCUUUUCUUUGUCCUGCCCAUAAAUGUAGGGUUUGUAAACAAUUUGAAAACAAGGAAGUCAAGGAACUGCAAUUUGCCAUGUGCAGAAGGUGUCCAAAGUCCUACCAUAGAAAAUGUUUGCCCAGGUAUCUUUUUUUCUGGAUUUUCCAGUGAAGCGUUGCUUAUGUUGAUCAAUGCAGAUGCUAAUAAAUUUUUUGGCGUCGCAGGAGGAUUUCUUUUGAGGAUCCAGAUUGCGAAGAGACUGAACAGAGAGCCUGGGAUGACCUCAUCCCUAAUAGAAUUUUAAUAUACUGCCUGUAAUAUCUUCUCUUUCUUUUUCUCUUGCCCAUUGAUCAUAUUUUCUGUUUCUACCAUUGAAAAUUAUUUUUUGAAUAGGAAGCACAAAAUAGAUAAGGAGAUUGGCACACCAGUAAGGAAUCAUAUGAUAUUCCCAGGGAUCAUGGAGAGUGAAGUUGUGCCAUCAACUGAUUCAGACAAGAAAAAGGUUCUGGUGAAGAGGAAGGCUGAAGUUUCCUUCUCUGAAAAGAAACCCAGAAAGUUAAUCAGAAUGCCUUCAGAUGUUGAGGCAAAUGACUAUGUUGCUUCCAGACAACCACUCCACACUUCUAAGAAUCUGAAAACACCUGCUACGUUGAAAAAGAUCUCAAAAGAUUGCACUAAGAAUGUGUCAACUACGGAGCAGAAGGUUCCUUCGAAAGAUGACAAGGCUUGCUCUCCAGUGCUGGGAAAUGGGUCGCAGUCGUCAGAACUCGCAGCUAAUGGCAUGCUCAGCAAUAUUCCCUCUGAGGAGGAACCAGAAAGUUCGGUUACCUUAAUUGAUGAAGAAGCUAAAAAGAGGUACAUAUGUCUCACCAUCCCACCUGAAUAAUGUAUUUUUUUACAGACAUGUUUCUGCCCGCUAGUCUUUCCCUGUAACUAUUGCUUUAGCUGCCUGAAUCUCACAACUGUAAGUUUCGCUCGCAGAAUUUCGCUUUUAGUAAAGCAGUCAUCUUCAUCAUCAUUGAAAGUGAAAGAUUUAUUGCAAAAGAAGCGGUUUCCAGCUGCUUACUUAUACAGUGAGAAACAUGUUGGGAAGACAAUUACACAAGGAAAGGUGGAGGAUUCCAUUGAGGUAUACUGCUUUAGUGCAGUAAAAGUCAUACUGUGACACGAUUACUAAGAAUAGCAUUAAAUUGUCUUACUUUGCAUGUGGAUAUGCUAUGUGGUAGGCUAUUCGAGCAGCUCUACAAAAAAUCGACAAUGGCUGCAGCAUUGAGGAUGCCAAAGCUGUUUGUGGACCUGACAUUCUGAAUCAGAUACUUGUCUGGAAGGUAUUUUGCAGUUACUUCUUCAUCGAUGUGAAGGUGUUUAUAGUCUUCCUAUUAAUUUGAUUGUUACCUCAAGGUUCUUAUUCAUUUCCUUAGUAUGAGUACUUGUCACCUUGACUUAGCUCUUAGUUGAUUUGGUAUUGUGAUGAGACUUGGAAAGUAGAAACACUGAGUCACGUCACAUUGUUUUACUUUAGUCAUUCUAACAUGGAAUGAGCUGAGUUAGACCUGUGAGAUUAUUUUUUCAAAGCGUUCACUAGCUAAUACAGUCGAUAAAAGAAAAUCAGCAAAAUUGGUGGGGUUUUUUCGACCGAGUGAUGGGGACCUGAAGUACGAAGAAAUCGUCAAACUCGUAUCCUAAUGACUUACAAUUCAUCAAAUUGUUUUUCGACUCUUUAUGCACAAAGGACGGUGAUCUUAAAUUUGACUAUUAUAGAGAUAUCUAAGGGCGUGCGUUUUUUCUGCUCAUCAUUUUAAUUACUGUGUAAUGAAUGAUUAUUAAUGAAACUUCUAUUUGCGACAGAAAGAAUUAAGGUUCUACCUUGCACCUUUCCUCCAUGGGUUGCCCUUAUCAACUUGCGGUGGUCAUGUCCGAAAAGUGAGCAAAGUAGAAGAGGUAUUUGUCAUGAAUCCAACUCACUCUUUUGCCUGUUUUAGUUGAUGAUAUUGUCGGAAAACUAUUUUUUCCUGGUGAAAAUAUCAGUUUUGAUCACUAACUUUUUUAUUCCUAUUUCCAGAUUUCCAAUUUGCAGGCUGUUGAGAGGCUUCAUUGGUAUGUGCAAAAUGGUGACAUGGUAAGUAAACAUGAUUGCAAUUGACAUCUAGAUGAUUAUUUGAUGGUAGGUAGAUAUCAACAUAUCCUCCUUGGAAAUGCAGAUCUGUUUGUCAAAUGGGUUUGAUCUUGGAUCUAGUCCGGAAUACCUGUGGACGAUUGAUUACCUGGCUUGCACAACGAAAUACUUUCCAAAAUGUUUUCCCAUGUUAUUGCGUUAUAUGUUUCAUUAACUUAUAUAAAAAAAUUAAACACAGAAGUUUAUGAACCAAAAGCCUCAGCUCCGGUGGGGUAAAUACAUUACAAGGGAAAUGUAGCUUGGUUAUCUUUGAUGGGUGUCUUGCUUCGUUGAAACUUAUGUUAUAGUUCAUUUAGCAUUUGAGGAGAAUGCGAGGAGGGCAGAGAUGGGUACGAAACCAUAACUUGGGGUUUGCCUUCAGGGGAGAGAAAAAUCCCUCUCAAGCUUUGUCACCAAGUUUAGGGGGUAGACUCUAAGAUGUGAGAAAUAGACCAAGAUGCUCAUUGUAUACUAGUUCGUCUGGAAUGGGUUAUUGGGUCUCACAGUCCAUAUAUUUUGACCUAUAAAGGUUAACUAUGCAUGGAGGGCUGCAAUCUAGAAGAAACAGUAUUCAUCAGUUACUAUUUUUGUGCUUACCGGAAAUUGUGGCGUCCAAAGUCUUAUCACGAACGCCAUGCUUUUUUCUGUUGUUUGUGUGUUUCUUCCCAUCUUCGUUUGACAAAAUUCGCCAUUUAAUUGAGAUUUGUUGUCUUUGUUGAUGCCUGUCUUUUAAUAUUAUGUCUCUAAAUGUGAACUUAGUUAUGACAUUUUAUUUUGUACGAUGCGGCUGAUUUUGUUGGCUUCGCUUACCAGUCAUUUUUUUUUUUAUGGCCCCUUCCUACCGAUUUGUUCAAUUGGUGUCCAAAAUACCUCUAGUGACCCUGCCAUAUGAUCUUCUUUACAUGAAUCAAUAAACUUCGAGGUUAUGAAAUGGUACCAAAUCAUGCUUGUCCUAUUCAAAUCUCACCUCCCCCCAACUCCCUCAUCAUUAAGGCUGACUCCUGGUUUUUUUUUUUUUUUUUUUUUUGGCUUCGGUUAAUUUAUGGAAUGAGGCUAAUGAAUGAAUGGUUGAAUGAUUAAACAGAUCCUUGACUUCGGCUGUGAAGCAAAUGAUUUUAGCCUCCUCAUGAAGAAGAAGCUAGAAUCAACUGGGAAGGAGUGUUCAUUCCAGAAUUAUGAUAUUUUUCCGCCCAAGGUAUCUUUGCCAUUUUCCAUGAACAAUUAGGCUUUCUUUGGAACCUAUCGGUGAUGAAGCUAAUUUUUCUUGGCCACCUCUGUUAUAAGUUAUGUUGGAGGAAGCACACUCGUGGUCAACCUUAUGGCUCAGCGAUCAUUUACUUAUGAAUAUUAAUAAUUAUAUCAGUAUUUAUCAUUAUCUUGAACCUUGGAUUUUAUUUUUUUUCUGUGCAGAGCGAUUCUAAUUUUGAGAGCAGGGACUGGACGACGGUUGAGCCCACGGAGCUACUGCCGGCAUCUCAACUGGUACAAUGUUCUUCAUCUCUGUUGAAUCAUUUCUUCUUCGACUUACCUCUGAGAGAAUAAUUCAAAUUCUUACCCUGGGUUCAAACAGAUAAUAGGAUUGAAUCUUCCGUUUGGAGUCAAUUCCGAUCUUGCCAACAAGUUCAUUGACAAGGCUCUAACAUUCAACCCGAAGCUUCUCUUCCUUGUUGCUCCAAAGGAACCGGAGAGGUGCAAGCCUUUGCUGUAAAAAUUCUCUCUUUUCGCCUCUCCUUCUCCCAAACUUAAUUUAUCUAUCUUAAAAUCUUCCUACCAGGCUAGAUACAAAACCAGAAGCAUACGAUCUGCUUUGGGAGUAUGCACAAAAACUUUCAGGGCAGGUAUGACACGAGAGCAAAGGGAAUCCAUUUUCUUCAUGCCUAUAUAGUUCUGUAUAUUUAUGCCCAUCUCUAACCUUUGACGUGACCCUCUGUCCCCAGUCCCACCUGCCCGGAUCUGUCGAUGCAUCUGAUAAUCAGAUUGAGGAGUGGAAUAUGAGGCCGCCCUUUCUUUACCUAUGGAGUCGGCCCGAUUGGACCUCCAGGCACAGUGCCAUAGCCAUGAAACGCGGCCACACAUUAAAUGAUCCCAAGAAAGACCAUUUAGGAGCUGAGGAUGAACCAUCGGCUCUUACCUUCCAGCCGCAGGAUCACAAUCUGGAGGAUCGAGCUUCAGAAUCCAAGGAUGGCGGUGCUCUCCCCGAUGCCUGGGCCGACAGCGGCGGUCUCGAGCCUGAGGAUAAGAGGAGAGGGGAGCACAAGGGCUCCAGGCCCAGUGACAGAGAUAAACCAGGAGAAAAAACUAGGAAGAGAUCCCGCAGGACAAAGCUAUAUAAACGAAAUAAGGAACCAGAAGAGAGAAAAAGCAAUGGGCCAUCACCACAUCAAGCUGGCCCUGAAGACCAGCAGGAAUGCAAUCCUUCCCCUGACCCAAUCUCAGAGGGAGCCUCUGGCCUGGGCAACCAUCGCAGGCCUUUCGUAGACUCUGGAAGAUCACACAGAGGGCUCUGGAGUACUUCCAGUGUUCCCAGAGGAGACAUUGAGGCCAUCAGACGGAGAUAUGAGACUCCCAGCGGGAGCGGGAGCUCGAGUUAUGAACGGUUCUCUGGGCCCCUCAGGAACAGCCUAGACCCUACAGGGGAACCCCAACCCAGGGUCAACGAGGAGAGUCCAAUGCAUGGGCACCAUGAGUUCAUUGACCUCCAAAGGGGCAGCAGGAAUAAUAACAGUCCACAGGCUACAUUUGGUCAACCGGGCUCGUACCCAUCACACAGGUAUAAUGUUCCUGGCCUGCCGGGCCACGUGGUGUCUAGCGGUCUGCCACGAAGACUGGGAGAUGGCGGCAUGCGAGAGAUGCCCGGGUCUCGGCCCCCUCACCUCAAUGAGGCAAGCUAUCUGCAGGCCCACUAUAUGCCCGGCACCAUGCGGUACAGAUUGGGUGGAGAAAAUUUACAGGAGAUCUCCGAGCAUCGGCCGGCUCGACAUGCAGAGAUGGACUACUUCCAUGGCCGCUCGAUGGCCGCCGGCACGCAGGCAAUGCUCGAGCCUCGGCGGCCUCCGCACGCUGGGCCGGGCUAUUUGCCGGAUCGGUUCAUGUCCAAGGUACCCGAGUCUCGGCCCCAUUACCCACAUUUCAGAAGAUGGUACUCUGGUGGUUGGCCUGACGAGUAG